AUGAGUGAAUCAUCUCAUGUGAAGUAUUUGGUUCUUGAUGCUACACCUUUGAUUACGCAUUCAUAUUCACAUUAUCAAAACUAUGCUACAGCUUUUUAUACUACUCCGACUGUGUUCAAUGAAAUAAAAGAUCAGCAUGCUAGAAAGAAUCUUGAGAUAUGGCAAGCGACAGGUAAUUUUUUACUAAAACAUCCAAGUGAGGCUUCGAUUAAAAGGGUUAGUGACUUUGCUAAACUGACUGGUGAUUAUUCUGUAUUGAGUGCCAAUGAUAUUCAUAUUUUGGCUUUAGCCUACGAACUUGAAGUUGAAUUAAAUAAAGGUGAUUGGAGGCUCAGAAAGAAGCCUGGUGAUUGUCUGGAGCACUUGAAAAUAUCUAAGCAAGCCAAGGAAGUUACAACAGCAUCUGUGUCAACAUCAUCACUUAAAGAAAGUCAAAGUCCAUCAGGAGUAGCUGGCGGCGAUGAGAAAGAGAAAAAGAAAAGAAGAAGAGGAGGUAAGAGGCAGAAGGCGAAGAGAGAAGCACAACUAUUAGCUUCUGUAGAGACAAGUUCUUCUGUGCAUGUAUCCACAGAUUCCGAGGUUCAAAAAGAGACCACUACAGAGGUAGAACAUUCACAGGAUUUACAGGUCUCACAGUCAGCAGAGGCAAAUGAUGGUGGACAAGACUUGUCGGAAGAAUAUGAUGAAAGCGAUGACAAUGGAGAUUGGAUUACACCAGAAAAUUUAGUUAAGAACAUGAUCAAAGAUGCCGGAGAGGACACAGUUGGAGAUGAGGGAGUUGAGAUCACCGAACAGAUCUCCCAGAACCAAAUCGCACUAGCCACCGGUGACUUCGCAGUACAAAAUGUUGCACUUCAGCUCAAUCUCAACUUAAUGAACUUUAUGUCGGGCCUCAGAAUUAAAAGGCUACGUAACUACAUGCUUAGAUGCCAUGCAUGCUUUAAGAUGUAUCCACUACCUAAGGAUGGCAAGCAAAAACAUUUUUGUCCAUCAUGUGGCAGCGUCGGCACUCUACUGAGAUGCGCUGUUUCCGUUGACGUAGAAACUGGCGCCAUAACUCCUCACCUCAAGGCUAACUUCCAAUGGAACAACCGUGGAAAUCGUUACUCCAUAUCCAGUCCUUUAUCCAAGAAUUCACAGAAGAAGUAUGGUAAAAAAGGGUUUGUUCAUACUAAGCAGCAACAGGAUCAGGUCAUAUUGAGAGAAGAUCAGAAAGAAUACCACCAGGCCAUGAAACAGGACGAAUGGACUAGGAGACAUAACGAAAAGGCCCUAAACAACUGGAUCGGUGGCGGUUCUGUUGAUAACUACUGCUCGCCGUUCGCCAUCUCGGGUCUUAAACACCAUUCUGUACAUGUCGGCAGAAGCCGAUUUAUUAAUAGUUCAAAGAAAAGGGCUUGA